AUGCUCUCCAAAAAAGGGCACAAAAAACAAACCCUGGGGGCCCUUGGGGGGCCCCCCAAGGGGGCCCCUAGGGAAGCCCCCAAGGGGGCCCCCCAGGGGGCCCCCAAGGGGGCCCCCAAGGGGGCCCCCAAGGGGGCCCCCCAGGGGCCCCGCAUAGUUGUUUGCCUUGGAACGUAUGAAGGGGGCGUUUUGGGGUAUGAGAUAAAGCUUGAGGCUUUGAAGCAGCAGCAGCAGCAGCAGCAGCAGCAGCAGCAGCAGCAGCUGCAGCAGCAGCUACUGCAGCUGCCGCCUGGCGUUCGUCGGAUAUUUGCUGUAAAUGCGCAUCGUGUGGGGCUCGGUCUCUGCCUUGUGCUUCUCAUCUUCAACUUUGAUCUCUGCGGGCUCUGA